AUGGCUAGCGGGAAGCAGAAGAUGGAACACAUUCUGCAUUUGGAGCGCAUAGAUUUGAUGGAUGAAUUGAUGGCUGAUAUGAAAAAAGCUCGGAGUACAGCGAAUCCGAAAAUCUUCCACCCCUCGACUCGCGCGACUCAAUCAGAGCAGUUAUCGCCAGGGUACAUCUCUCUGGGUCUGUACAACAAGGACAUUCAGGUGAAGGAGUCGACUACUAUCGACAGGUACAAAGUCGAAUUGAAGCUGGAGAUGGCGGUGGUCUUCAAAGGAACUGUAAAAAAGAGCUGGACAGAAAUCUGUCAACUGGUGGUCGAGAGCCCUGAAGACAUGAAGAACAUGUACCAUGAUUGCCCAAUAGACGAUCCACAGGCAGUCCGAAAUAUCCUCACCCUCGACGCAGUCUUCGUGACCUGCAUGUUGCACACUCUCUCGGGCCUCCAUAAAUCAGAUGACUCGGUGCAGCCUCGCUUUGCGGAAAUAGCAGAGGUGGUGCAAGAUCGUGGCUUGAGUACAUUAAGGUUCGGAGACCUAUUCGAUAUCCUAGUCAUCUUCCAGAAUCAGAUUCCGCUCCAGCUCAUCACGAGGGUACUGGAGAUUAUGUAUCAGAGUCGUCCCAUGAAAAGAAGUAAGCAGGCCCAGAAUUCAUCUUCGCUAUAUUUCCCAGCUGAUCCCGACGGCGUAACUCUAGAGAUCGAGGAAUUGCCUUUGAACUCGGUGGAGAGUGAACGCUCAACGGCGGUUAUGGUGCUCAGAGACAUAGCCGAAGUGGUGUGUGAUGUGAUGCAAUACACUCUGCCCGGGCCAUCCAAACUUCUCGAGCGCAUCUCAACGCUAAAAGCUGAAGAUUACAGCCAUCUUCUCGAAUGCGUGUACUGGGGAGCUCUGCGGCAUAACACAUGGGAGUGGCCUAAUGAGAAAGAUGUCAGGCAUCCCAUAGCCACAGCCACGCAGCUCCAGAAGGCCGGCAUCAGUAUUGUCAGAGGCUCUGGAAGCAUAAACGACGUAAGAUUUCGGAGAGGGAUUUUCACAGCGACUCUCAUCGUUCCACAGCUGCGCAUCAUGCCCUGGACGGAGAUGAUUUUGAGGAAUCUGCUUGAAUUCGAGAGCAGAGUGCUGAAUAAAGGAGACCUGAUGUGCUACCUGUCCUUCAUGGAUGAACUAAUUGACACGGGGGAGGACGUUCUCCUCCUGAAAGAGAGAAAACUGUCGGUCAUCGAAGUAUCUCACCUCAGCAUGGACAUCGACGUGGCCAACAUCUUCAACUCACUGCGGUAUCCCUCCUACAUUGUGCCCAUUUCCAAACAAUGGGCCACACUACGGAAGGACAUUCAUAACUUUUACAACAAUGACAAGAGGCAGUUGUGGGUAGAGUUCGUACAAAUUUAUUUUGGUCGGCCGUGGAUUGCUGCUUCGGUGGUUGCUGCAUUCGCCCUACUCGUCUUGACAUUCCUUCAGACCCUCUAUACCGUAAAAGCUUAUUAUGAAUCUGGCAGUCCGGCCACUAGCUAA